AUGGAGUCGAUCGAGCGCAGGCUGCGGCGUGUGAAGCACAUCGUGCUUGUGCUGUCCGGAAAAGGGGGCGUAGGGAAGAGCUCUGUAGCUGCACAGCUGGCGCUGUCAUUGUCGUACGGAGUAGAUGGCUACGAAGAUGCAGAGGGUGGCAAUCGCAUGCGCGUCGGCAUCCUCGACAUUGAUCUGACCGGUCCGUCGAUCCCGCGUAUGCUGGGCGUUGCAGACGAAGAGGUUCGCCAGAGCACGGAUGGAUGGGUGCCGGUGUACACGGACUCUACGAAAUGCCUGGCGGUGAUGAGCGUCGGGUUCUUGCUGCGAUCCAAGAACGACAGUGUGAUUUGGCGUGGGCCCAAGAAACAGGGCAUGAUCCGCCAGUUUUUAGGCGAUGUGCGGUGGGGCGACUUGGACUACCUGAUUAUCGAUACGCCGCCCGGCACGUCGGACGAGCACAUCUCGCUCAUGGAAGCGAUUCACGCGUUCGGGCCCGUUGCUGUCAUGGUCACGACGCCACAGGCUGUUGCUUUGAAUGAUAACCUGCGCUCGCUCGAUUUUUCACGCAAGGUUGGAUUGCCGGUAAUGGGGAUCAUUGAGAAUAUGAGUGGAUACGUUUGCCCGCAUUGCAGCGAUUGCACCAAUGUCUGGGGCAAAGGCGGCGGUGAGUCACUUGCAGAGCGUGAGCAUAUUUCCUUUCUUGGUCGCAUACCGAUCGAUCCUGCACUGGUGCGUGUGUUGGACGAUGCACUGGAGGAUGCAGCAGAGCUCCAGAAGAAAAUGCAAAGUGGCGAUGAGGCCGAGCCGCUUGCGGGCACUGCGUUGAGCUACGCCACCGCACAGCGGUACCGGCGCAGCCAGACGUUUGCCAUCUUUCAGCAAAUUACCGAAAAGGUACUCAAGUAUACCCAGGGCCACGAGCACACACAGUAG